AUGGCCGGGAAGGUGGUGCUGCUCCUGUGGGCCCAGACCCUUGGCCUCGCUGGUGCCCAGACCACCCAGCUCCUCGUGGAGCCCCCCUGGAGGCCGGCAGUGCUGUGGGACCGGGUGACACUGACCUGCCAGGGCUCAGGGACUGCCGGUGCCACCAUCUGGUACAAGGACGGGCAGCGCUGGGGGCAGGAGGGACAUGACCACUUCACUGUCACCGAGAGUGGCACCUACACGUGUGACAGACCCGGCAACGGGCACAGCCCCUCUGUGACAGUCUCAAAUGCCCCAUUGGUGAUGCAGGUGCUGGCACAGGCACUGCUGGAGGGGGACAUGGUGACACUGUGCUGCCGGCGCUGGCGGGACAACCCGGUCAGCUCAGUGUCCUUCUACCACAAGGAGAAGAAACUGCAGGAGCUCCGCGAUGGGACCGAGCUGUCCCUGUCCCCUCUGCAGCUGCAACACAGCGGCCGCUACAGCUGCAGGGGCUGGGUGAAAUCCACGGUAUCACGGGGAUGGGAGAAGUCAGAAUCAGUGACAUUGACAUUGCAUGGGGUCCCGCCCUCGGGGGUGUCUGUGUCAGCACAGCCCCCCGCAGGACAGGUGGCACUCGGGGACCGCCUAGUGCUGAGCUGUGCCGUGGCCAUAGGAACAGGUCCCCUGUCCUUCUCCUGGCACCGGGAGGGCUCAGCGGCACUGCAGGGCAGCGGCCCCCACCUUGAGCUGCGCCACGUUGGGGACAAUGACAGCGGCCAGUACCGGUGCCGGGUCAGCGACGGGGACAGCGUGGCCAAGAGACCCCUGAAUGUCACCGUCCUGGUGCCCAUGGCCAAUGCCACCAUCACCCCCGGCCCCCUGUCACACCCGGUGCACACAGGUGAUGCCGUGACACUGCGCUGCUCGGUGCAGGUGGGCUCAGCCCCUGUCACAUUCACCUGGCUGCACAAUGGGCAGGAAGUGGCCCGGGGUCCCGUCCUGGAGCUCAGGGACAUCGAUGUGCGACAUUUGGGCACCUAUCAGUGCUUGGCCACCAACCAGCUGGGACAGGACGGGCACCGCGUGUUCCGGGCACUCAGUCCUGAGCUGGCACUGGAGGUGACACCUGGCUCACCCUGGGUCACAGCAGUGGCUGUGAAUGUCGGCAGGACCCUCCUGUUCCUGCUCCUGCUCCUGGCUGUCAUCGGGGGCUGUCACUGGUGGCACUGCUGGGCCACCAGGAAGCCCCAGCACACGGCCCCCACGGGUGUCCUUCGGUCCUGCCCCACCUCGGGAUCCACAAGUGACCAACGCGGAGCUUCAUCUCUGCUUAGUCAGCUUGGCAACGAAAAGGAGGGUCCCGCUCAGGUUUUUGAGCAGAUCCUUGUGAGAUUUUCAGGUUACGGCUUUAACGUUCGCGGGCAAGUGAGCGAAGGCGGGCAGCUGCUCAGCAUCAACGGCGAGCUGUACGUGCCGCUGCAGCGCGUCAGCGCCGUGCUGGGCGGAGGAGCCGCCGACCGCGCCAGGGUGCGCAAGGGGGACCCGGCAUCCUGGAGGUGUGAGUACGAGGGGGCCGCCCAGCCACAGGCCCCCGGCAGCCGGGCCCGGGAACGCGCCCCACACACAGGGGCAAUCCCGGGGGAGCGGGAAUGGGGGUCCUGA